AAAACACUCGUUUCUAAAUAACCUACCCCUAAAUAUAAUGAAGGUUGCUAUCAUUCAAUACUCUACAUACGGUCACAUCACUCAAUUGGCUCGUUCCGUCAAGGCUGGGGUCGAAGAAUCCAAGUUGGCUUCUACCGUUGACAUUUUCCAAAUCCCAGAAACCUUGUCCGAUGAAAUCCUCGGAAAAAUGCAUGCUCCACCUAAGCCAAAGGACAUCCCAGUCGCUACUUUGGAAACCUUGGAAGAGUAUGACGCAUUUAUCUUCGGUAUUCCAACCAGAUUCGGUACUGCUCCAGCUCAAUAUUUUGAAUUCUGGGGUGCCACCGGUGGUUUGUGGAUGAAGGGUGCAUUGGAUGGUAAGCCAGCUGGUAUUUUCGUUUCUACAGGUACUCCAGGUGGUGGUCAAGAAACCACUGUCAGAUUAUCCUUGUCACAUUUAGCUCAUCAUGGUAUGCCAUACAUUCCAUUGGGUUAUGCCAAGACAUAUGCUCAAGUCACCGCUGAUGAAGUUCAUGGUGGUUCUCCAUAUGGUGCUGGUACUUAUGCCAAUGGUGAUGGUUCAAGACAACCAAGUGAAGUUGAAUUAGAAAUGGCCAAGAUUCAAGGUACUGAUUUCGCAACCUCCGCUAUUAAGUUUGUAGGUAAAAAGGCAGCUACCAAGACUGCUGCUGCUGCUGGUUCUUCUGCUAGUGCAACCAAGAAAACUGUUGAUGACCUGGUUGCUCCUCCAGCUGCUAGUGACCUCGCAAACAAUGCCAAGGGUGAAGCCAAGGCUGCUGCUGCCAACACUCAAGCUGCUGCUUCCAAGACCCAAGCUGCUGCUUCCAAGAGAGCUGAACAAUCCAAGCAAACUGUAGAAUCGGAAGAAAAGGGAUUCUGUAGUAAGUGCACAAUCAUGUAAAAGAGAUUCUUUUUAGAAAAAGUUGUAAAUUAUUAGUUUUAUUUCAUAUAGUUGAUGCGUUAGUUAACCUAAUAGAAUAUUGAAUCACGCACAUUUAAUAUUG